GGCUUGUAGUGUUUGUGCUCCACUUCCGCUGACCACAGAAAAGAGCUGUAUCAAAUUUGUGAUUAACAGUUUCUUGCUUUUUCUAUCAUCGUGCCCUAUUUCUAUCGUACAAAAAGGUGACACACCAUAAUGUCGCUCUACGAUGACCUCGGUGUUGGGGCCAGUGACACAAAAACAGAAGGAUGGUCCAAGAACUUUAAACUGCUCCAGUCUCAGCUCAAAGUGAAGAAAGCAGCUCUCACCCAAGCCAAGUCACAGCGAACAAAACAGACCACUGUGUUGGCUCCAGUCAUUGACCUGAAAAGAGGAGGCUCCAGUGAAGACCGACAGAUUCUUGACAGUGGCCCACACACAGCCGCAGGACUCAAGGACCCAGCCCCCAGUGGCUUCUCAUCUGGAGACGUAUUGAUUCCUUUGGCUGAUGAGUAUGACCCCAUGUUUCCAAACGACUAUGAGAAAGUAAUGAAGCGACACAGAGAAGAAAGACAAAAACAGAGGGAGCAGGAGAGGCAGAAAGAGAUGGAGGAGAGAGAGAAAAAAAGGAAAGACCGACAUGACGGUGGUGGUCCUCCGAGUGGGUUUUCCAGAUUUCCGGCUGCAGAGGGCGAGUCGGACGAUGAAGAAGAGUAUGAGAAGGAGAGGAGGAAACGGAGUAUGGGAGGAGCAGCCAUUGCCCCUCCUUCAUCUCUUAUCGAAAGAGAAGGUCCCCCUUCAUUUUCUUACGACGAUGAUAGUCGACUGUCCCGAGCUCCAAAAGCUGCAAUUCCUCCUCCCAUGUAUGAUGACACAGACCGACCAAGAUCUCCUCCUGGACCCACCAGCUCCUUUCUGGCCAAUAUGGGUGGCACAGUCGCCCAUAAGAUCAUGCAGAAGUAUGGUUUCAAAGAGGGACAGGGCCUGGGCAAACAUGAGCAGGGUCUGAGCACCGCGCUGUCUGUGGAGAAGACUAGUAAGAGAGGAGGCAAGAUCAUUGUGGGAGAUGCAGCUGAAAAAGCAGGCUCCAGUCUGGCAGCCGACACUUCAACUUUUGCAGCAGCAGCACUAGAUGCCUCCAAAAAGUCUGAAGCAAAUCCUCUCACAGAGAUCCUCAAAAACCCAACCAAAGUGGUGCUGCUAAGAAACAUGGUCGGUCGCGGAGAGGUGGAUGAAGACCUGGAGGAGGAGACUAAAGAGGAGUGUGAGAAAUAUGGCAAAGUGGUCAAAUGUGUCAUAUUUGAGAUUGCGGAGGUGCCUGAUGAUGAAGCUGUCAGGAUAUUCCUAGAAUUUGAAAGAGUGGAGUCAGCUAUUAAAGCUGUGGUGGACCUGAAUGGACGGUAUUUUGGGGGUCGAGUAGUCAAGGCCUGCUUCUAUAAUCUAGAUAAAUUUCGGGUUUUGAAUCUUGGUGAACAAGUCUGAGGUGGCUCAUACAUCCAAACAUCCUGCCCUGUCCUGUACAUAUGUUUUUUGUAGUUGAGUUAUGAAUUAUAAAGUGUCUUUAUAAUGUGACCAGUCCACAUUGUGUUCUGUCAUUCAAAACAUCUUUGUGUAGACACCAAAUAAAAGGUAAAACUGUC